GUUGGACAUCUACCAAAGAGAGACAUAUGUAAAUAUUGGCUUUCUGGACGGUGCAAUAGGAACCCAUGUAGGUUCUUGCACGAGGCAAUGCCAUCAUCACAAAUCUCAGAACAUAAACAGUCACGACAUCAUCGACUGCAGGGGAAUCAAUCUUUGUCUAAAUCAAAAACCUGGCGAAGAGAAUUAGCAGGCAGUAGUUCUACUGGGACAUGUUCAACACAGCCUCCAAGAAAAACUGAUACUUCUCACAACAACAAGAGUAGUAUAUGUAAAUCCUCUAGUACAGUUUGCAAGUAUUGGAUUGAUGAAAACUGUGUACACGGUGACAAGUGUGAGUUCUUGCACUCAUGGUCAUGUGGCAAGGGAUUUUCAUUGGUUACGAAGCUUGGAGGACAUAAGAAUGCCAUUACUGGGAUUUCUCUUCCCUCUAGUUUGAAUAAGCUUGUUACUGUUGGUAAAGAUAAGGCUAUGAGGAUUUGGGACUGUAAUAAUGGACAGUGUCUUAGUGUGGAGAACUUUGAGAGUGAAGUUAGUUGUCUGACUGCUGAAGGUUCAUUCGUAUUUGCUGGCAUACAAAAUACUAUUAAGGGAUGGAACACUCUGGAUCAAACAAGCAUCAACCUUUCUUGUUCAUCAGAUAAAAUCAAUGUCGUGACUGUAGAAGGUGACAAGAUUUUUGCUGGGACCGAGGAUGAUGGGUCUAUAUUGGUUUGGAAAUCUAAUGCUUCUGGUUAUCCCGAGAUUGCUCAACCCUUAAGGGGACAUAAAAGUGGUGUUGUAUGUCUAAGAGUUGGAGUAAAAGGAAGUAGAAUGUUCUCUGGUUCAAGAGAUAAUACUAUAAGAGUUUGGGAUCUUGAUACAAUGGAGUGCAUCGAGACUCUAUAUGGACACACAAGUGCAGUUAUGUCAUUGAUUUGCUGGGAAACCUAUUUACUGUCUGGUUCAAUGGAUGGAACAAUUAAGGUUUGGGCUGAUAAAGAAAGUGGGCAUAUUGAAGUAAUUCAUACACAAGAAGAGGGACAUGGUGUUAUAGCUCUUGGUGGCAUUCACGAUGAAGAAGAUAAGGCGAUUCUUUUGGUUUCUUGUGAUGAUAGUUGUGUUCGUUUAUACGAUUUGCCUUCGUUUGAAGAGAGGGGCAGAUUGUUUGCGAAGAAGGAAGUUUGUGCUAUUGAAGUGUUGGGUUCCGAGGGUAUUUUCGUCACUGGAGAUGCGACGGGGCAGUUAGCUGUAUGGAAAUUAGAUGGAAAGCCUUCUUCUCUUCGAUGAUUUCUUAUCAAAUAAGUUUGAAUAGGAAAUGUAAUAU